GCCACAGUCAGCAGCUACACCACCAGUGAAGGAUGGAGAUAAUUUCUUCUUAGCUGCAAGAAGCAAAGGUCUUUUUUAAAAAAAAAUAGGAAACUAUACAGAUAACGAAGUUUGGGUGGUUUGAGCUGACGUGCAUGCGAAACUUCUGAAAAUCGAAUCUCAGCAUCCUGGGGAUUAUGAUGAAGGAGACACUAUACUACAGUCUACCAGGUGAAGUGGCACUUCAUUGUCUCGCCUAUUCUCCGGGGUCUUUAUAUGAUUUGCUAAAUAAGUGAGGAGGUGCAGUUUUUUUUUAGCAACCUGGAAGGGACAGUUGCGGUCUGCUCUUUUUGUGUUCACAGGAAUCCAUAUCUGGCAUCCUCUCGCUCUCCCUGAUUUGUGGCGCAGAGAUGGUCGGGAAAAGAAGUGGCAUUACAAGUUGCUGUGAAAGGAUUUUUUUUUUCAUGAGAUGUUAUUUUCUUCGCUUUCUCCGCUGCGAUUAAACCCCGCUGGAUUCUAACUUUAUAAUCUGGCUGUCGGACCUGCUUAAGGGGAGAAAGUGCGGGACAAGCCCCCCCACCGCCCGAUGUAACAGCAGAGAACGAGAGAGAGGGGGGGGAAAGGGCUAACGCGAACAGGAGGAAAGAGUGGCGAAGUGAUGGAUGCCACUGCCAGACAACAAAGGAUGCACGCUUGUCACCUCGUGUAAUUCUACCCGCUCUGUGGGUAAAUGAGAAACUCAAAUAUAAAUCGGAUUGGACUUAGUUGGUAAUAGGAUUCAGCAUCAACCCCACACCUCAGACACCCUCGCUGCUUCCGCACGAAGAAGAAGAAAACAUUCUGUGGCAAACCUCGGACAGCUCCUUGUGAUUCACAACAUCGAGAUGACCCGUUUGAACCUUGCGAUAUCAGCGAGCGAACGGGAUGGAGACGUGUAAGAGGAUGCUGCUGGACUACUCUGACUUUAAUGUUUGUGCCUCACAGUUCGUGGCUCUCAGCCUCCAUUGAAUCCCGAAAGAAAACGCCUCUGUCCAUGAAAAAUAAUCCUUCCCUAUUGGCUGGAUUGCGGUGCACAUGCUAUAACAACAGGAUAUGCAAAGAGCUAUGGGCUGAUCUAAUAGCCUAUCAUGUUAGUCGCAUGCUUUCUCAAUUCAGAUCUGAAUUUUAUUCAGUAAAAUUUGAACUGUCUACUUGAAUCAAUUCAAUACCUCAACAACAACAACAACAACAACAACAACAAUAAUAAUAAUAAUAAUAAUAAUAAUAAUAAUAAUAAUGAAGGGACUGUGACAGUGAAGCUGAAGGUUGCUCUGUUUGUGACUGUGUAGUAAAGCUGCUGAAGAAUGUUUAAGUAUCGCAUCCGGAUGUUCUUUAAUGAACUCAGAGUGUUGCUACUGAUGCGCUCUGGAUCAAGCAGGAGGACGGACACUGACCCGAACACACAGACCACGAUGAGAGGGCUCGCUAUUGGAGGCUGUGGUUGGCCACAGCUGAGCUGCUCUCAGCGGGACGACGAGGAGGAGUACUAUGGCUCUGACCUCCGGCCACGAAGCCUGGCGUUUGAGGAUAAAGAAGGUGCCAAACCUCAGGGAGGAGGAGUAGGAAGCAUGGAUGCUGCUUCACUCCCGAGUCUCUCAGAGAGCGGGACGCGAUCACCGCAGUGCCGGAUCUGCUUCCAGGGGCCAGAAAAGGGGGAGUUGCUGAGCCCUUGUCGCUGUGAUGGCUCAGUGCGCUGUACCCACCAGUCCUGCCUUAUCCGCUGGAUCAGUGAGAGAGGCUCCUGGAGCUGUGAGCUCUGCUACUUUAAGUACCAGGUGUUGGCCAUUAGAACCAAAAACCCACUGCAGUGGCAGGCCAUCUCUCUGACUGUGAUUGAGAAGGUACAGAUUGCAGCCAUUAUCCUUGGCUCUCUGUUCCUCAUCGCAAGUAUUUCCUGGUUGGUUUGGUCCUCUCUCAGCCCCUCAGCCAAAUGGCAACGGCAGGACCUUCUCUUCCAGAUAUGCUACGGCAUGUACGGCUUCAUGGACAUAGUUUGCAUAGGCCUUAUAAUCCACGAAGGAUCAUCUGUCUACCGGAUCUUUAAGCGCUGGCAGGCAGUGAACCAGAAGUGGAAAGUGCUGAAUUAUGACAAAGCAAAGGACUUAGGGGACCCCAUCAGUUCCAGCAGCAAAAGCACUGUUCGAGUAGAGAGGAACUCUUCUCACACUGUCACAGACAGCAGCCGGAGGGCAAACCGCCAUAUCAGGACUAUUCUCAACCACCACUGUGGCUACACUGUUUUACAUUUCCUUAGCCAGCUAAGACCCAACAACUUGCACAGCAGCAACCAUGAGGUGGUCAUGAGAGUGACCACCGUAUGAAGCUGACUAAAGUGCUGUAAUGUUUAAGGAGGAGAAAAGUGUUGAUUGGGGUUUAAUUAAAUAAAAUCCCAAUCUGCCAUAUAAACACUGCCAUGAACUUCCACUUUCAUAUUUCCUUCUCAGAUUCUGCUGGAGUUAAGGAUGAGUAUUACCUAUUUUGUGAGAAACUUGAAGUUUUUAUUUGAGACUUUAAAUGUGAAGCCUGUGAAUUGAGAAAAAACAGAUUUUGAACAGAUUCUUUCUUAAAGCAAGUAACCAUUUUUAACACUAUGACUAAGAUUUCAAAAUGUAACCAAACAAGUUUGUUUUACUUAGAAAAGAAAAAAAAAGAGUUGGAUUUGGAUUUGUUUUUAAGGUUGAUUUGGAUUUGACAACGUAAGGGAGAUUUUGAUGGUGAUAAUGAUUGUGCUUCUACAUAUGACCACUGUAGCAGUUCCCCUUCUAAUGUUUCUGUGUAUGUCUGAGGGUUUGCCAUGAUCUUGGUAACUUGUGCUGUUUUCACUUAAAGUUGAACUGAUGGAUAAGUCAAGAAAAU